CGAGUUCUCCGUUCGCCUUAGGUCAUAACGUGGCAUUCGAUUAUGACAUGUGGAAACUCUACCAGCCGAGUAGUCGAUGUCGUAUUAAAUGCUGGCAAUUUUUAGGAACUUGUCUCAGGCAUUUUACCUGCCCACAAGCAGGUGAUACGGACUCAAAGGUUGUUGAGCUUUCAGUGGGAAAAGUGAGGGGUCGUCGGCAGUGUGGAAUAUACGGGAACGAUUUCUAUAGUUUCGAAGGAAUUCCGUUUGCCAAGCCACCACUUGGGCCACUUCGUUUUAGGGCUCCUCUACCAGCGGAAGCAUGGGAUUCAGAGCUGGAUGCACGACAGGAGAAGCCAAUUCCCUUGCAAAUGGAUAGGAAAACAUGCGAAGUCAUCGGCAGUGAGGAUUGCUUGUAUCUCAACGUGUACACCAAGCAUUUCGAUGAAACGAAGCCACCCCUGCCCGUUAUGGUGUACAUCUACGGCGGAGGAUUUCGCACGGGAGGAGCUAUUAAGAGCAAAUACGGCCCGGACUAUUUGAUGUGCAAGGAUGUUGUCUAUGUGCUGUUCAACUAUCGACUUUGCUCCCUGGGUUUCCUUUCCAUGCCGAGUUCCGAGUCGAAUGUGCCGGGCAACGCGGGACUCCAAGAUCAGUUACUGGCUCUUCAAUGGGUCAAAGAGCACAUCCAGAAGUUUAAUGGAGACCCGGAGAAUAUUACGCUGUUUGGUGAGAGUGCUGGGGCUGCCUCGGUGCACUUUAUGAUGUGCCUGCCGCAGGCCAAGGGUCUCUUCCAUAAAGCCAUAAUGAUGUCUGGAUCGAUGUUAAGUCCAUGGGUCGAUGCUCCCGAAAAAGAAAGCUCAUUUUGCCGGCUAGCCAUGGCCGUUGGAUAUGAAGGGCCCGCGGAAGAGUCCUCUCUACUAAAAUUCCUGCAGAGUGUGAAAGCAGAGAAGCUUAUCGGUCACGAUUUAAUCUCAGCCCGGGAUCGAUGCUUUGGGUUCCUCAACGCCUUUACUCCUGUUGUGGGAGGUCUUAUUCAGGCUCCAUUUCAGCAGCUGAUGAAAGAGGCGUGGUCCUGUCAAGUGCCCCUGCUUCUGGGUGGGACAUCCUUUGAGGGACUGGUUUGCUAUCCAUUUUGCCAGGAGAACAAUGGUUAUGUGCUGGAUCUGCUCAAAGAGGAGCCUGCGAUGGUUUUGCCCUAUGAUCUUUAUCAGUCGAUGAGCGUCGAGGAGCGAAACAUCGCUGCGGAUGUAUUGAUUAAACAUCACUACGGACCACGCGGAAUCACCAAGAGUAACAUUACCCAAAUUCUAGAUCUCUUCAGCUACAAGCUGUUCUGGCAUGGCAUCCAUAGGGUAGUCCUCUCCAGAUUAGCCCACGCCCAAGCACCCACCUAUCUAUACCGGUUCGACUUCGAUUCGCCAAAGUUAAACCUGAUGCGAAACCAGCUCUGCGGUGACGACAUCAAACGCGGUGUCUGUCAUGCGGACGACUUGGGUUACAUAUUCCACAAGCAGGGCCAGAAGAAGCAGCCCUUGGAUUCUGCGGAAUACCUAACUAUUCAUCGCAUGGUGAGCAUAUUGACGACCUUUGCCCGGAACGGCGAUCCCAAUUGUUCGGAGACGGAACCAGAUUAUUGGUUUCCCGUCUCCACAAAGGCCCCUUUCAAGGUGUUAAACAUUGGACAGGAGGUGGAGUGUGUCACGCAGGCCGAAAAGGAGGGUCUGGAGGUGUGGAAUAGUCUUUAUUGUAACGCGAAAUAA